AUGACACAAGUAAUGACUGACUCAGUCUUAUCAAACGGAGUAGGAAAACUUACCUCUGUUUCAGGUUAUGCAUUACUACUUGAUGAAGAUUCCAUUGAAUUGAGAGAAUAUGCAUUAAGAGAACUAAAUACAGUAGUAGAUGGCCACUGGUUCGAGAUGGCUGAGUAUUUAGCCUCAAUAGAAAACUGUUUUGAGGAUGAAAUGUUUCCAAGUAGAGAGCAAGCGGCACUUUUGGCUUCUAAGAUAUACUUUCAUAUGGAAGAUUAUGACGAAGCUUUGAAAUAUUUAUUAAGUAGUUACAGAUUAUUUGAUCCAUUAGAUAGCAGUUCCUUUUCAGAGUCUAUGGUGGUAAAAUGUAUUGAUGAGUUUAUUAAAGUAUGUAAAGCUCAUUACAACAAUACUAAUAAUGAUCAUUCUGAUUCUGAUAUAGAUAUUGAUCAUUACUUAAAAAAUGCCACUGUUAUUACUGUUAAUGGAUUAGAUUCUAGAUUAGAAGAGAUAGUAUCUGAUCUAAUUUCAAGAAGUAACUCUAAUGGAAGAUUCUUAAAUGCAAUGGGAAUUGCACUUGAGGCUAGAAGAAGUGAUUUAUUGGUUAAGAUAUUGAAACAAACAUUAGAAGGUAUCCAUAAUGAUAACUUAGCUCAAUUUUGUGAUCAAUGUUUUAAUUUGAUUCGCCACUUAGAUUCAAAUCAGUUUCGUUUUAAAAGUUAUAAAAUACUUAUUAAGCUGAUUGAAGAGAAAGUAACAUAUAUUGAAGAUAAUCCAAGUUUAAAAACAUACUGUGAAUGUCUUUGUGUAAUUGGAGAUAGUGAAAAGCUCUUUACCAUUUUAAUGAAUCUAUCUAAUGAUUUAACCAACUUUUCCAAAGCAUACUCAAUUGCCUUUAUAAUAAAAGACUACGAAAAUGUCACUUUAAUGAAUAAUAUUAUCAGUAAAAUCGAUUUUCAUUUACUUGGAGUUUCAACUAAAACUGAAGUAGAAGAAUGUAAGGAUAGCAAAUCUGAAAACCAAGGCCAAAGUAUUAGUAAUGAUAGACUGAACAAAAUAAGAAGUAUUCUUACAGGAGAAGCAGUUUCAGAAUUAAAUCUACAAUUCCUUUAUUUGAAUAAUCAACCUGAUCUUGGUGUAUUGGAACACAUUAAAAAUAAUUGUGAUCAGAGAUCAGCAAUCUCACAUACUGCUAUUGUAAUGUCUCAUGGAUUAAUGCAAGCUGGUACUACUUGUGAUGUGUUUCUUAGAAAUAAUUUAGAAUGGCUUGGAAGAGCUACUCAUUGGUCAAGAUUCUCAACAGCUUCCUCCUUAGGUAUUAUUCACAUGGGACACAUUAAAGAAGCAUUUAAAGUUCUUUCUACUUGCUUACCUAAUGGUGGAAAUAAUAAUAACACUAGUAGUAAUAAUAACAGCACUAAUUCUAAUAGUGGAGGAAAUGCUUUAGGAGGACAGUAUAGUGAAGGUGGGUCAUUUUUUGCUCUUGGACUAAUUAAUGCAAGUUACAUGGACCCUAAGGCAAAAGAGUACCUUUUAGAAAAAUUAAGAAAUCCCCAAAGAAAUGAAGUCUUACAACAUGGUGCGAGUUUGGGAUUAGGAAUAAUGGGUUUUGGGUCAUGUGACACAGAACUUUAUGAUGAGUUACGUAAUGUAUUAUAUAUGGAUAAUGCUGUAGCUGGAGAAGCUGCAGCAUAUGGACUUGGGCUUGUAAUGUUUGGAUCUGGGUCAAAAAAAGCGAUAGGAGAUUUACUUUCAUAUGCAAAAGAUACUCAACAUGAGAAAAUCGUUAGAGCUUGUUCAGUUGCUUUGGGGUUCGUAAUGUUUUCUCAGAGUGGAGAAGAAGCAAAUGAGCUUUUCCAACAGCUUAACUCAGAUAGUGAACAUUUUAUUAGAUACGGAGCAAUGCACGUUCUUGGACUUGCUUACUGUGGAACUGGGAAUGAAUUUGCCAUGGAAAAACUACUGCAUGCAAGUGUUUCAGAACUUUCAGAUGACAAUAAAAGAGCUGCAGUCUUUGCAUUAGGACUGGUUAUGUGCAGAAAUACACAACAAAUUCCACAAGUCUUUUCUCUUUUAUGCGAUAGUUAUAAUCCACAUGUAAGGUAUGCUGCCGCCCUAACUUUAGGUAUUACUUGUUGUGGUAUGGAAUCCCCGAAAAUUACAGCAAUCCUCCAAUCAAUGACAACAGACUCUACUGAUAUUGUCAGGCAAGCCGCCUAUAUUGGCCUUGGACUUCUCUUAAUGCAACAAAAUGAGUCUUCUAAUGAUAAAUUUACAUGUAUACGUCAACAAAUGAUUAAGACAGCAACAGACAAACAUGAACACAUUGCCACCAGGUUUGGCGCCAUUUUGGGUUUGGGUUUAAUGGAUGCAGGAGGAAGAAAUGUUAAGGCUUCUUUAUUUUCGAGAAACGAAGAGAGUUUACGUGCUCAAUCAGUAGCAGGAUUUUCUUUGUUUUUCCAAUUUUGGUUUUGGUUUCCUUUAGUACAUUGUAUUUCUUUGUCGUACAUUCCAACUUACAUUGUGGGGUUAGAUGAUCAGCUCAGAGUUCCAAAGAGCUUUAGUAUGCAGUGCAACUCUGCCAAAGAAAAAUUUGAUUAUCCGAAAUCUUUUUCUCUAGACAAGAAUGAGGACAAGAAAGUUGUUGUAACUGCUGUGCUUUCUACAGCUUCUAAGAAGAAGUCUAAAAAACAAAAGAGUAUUGUUGGUGAUACAGGAAAUGGCGCCAAGGAAAUUAAUGAUUCAUCUUCUCCAUUAUCUGCUUCAAAACAGGUGAAUGACGAAGAAAGGAUUAAAACUGAACUCAGUAAGACUUUGGAAGAUGAAGUUGAUACUAAGAUGAAUAUUGAGGAGAAGACAGAGAAAGAAGAGGUAGAGAUGAUCGUGGAAGGUGGUGACUCAGAAAACAGUAAGGGCAAUGAUAAGAAAUCAAACUCUUUUGUUUUGAACAAUCCGUUUAGAAUUUUGAAAUCUCAAGAGCAAUUUUUGGAAUAUAUUCCAGAUUCAAGAUAUCUACCAGUCCUUCCUUUACAAAAGUCCGGCUUUAUUUUACUUAAGGAUAAUAAACCAUCAGAACAGGAAGAGUAUCUUUUUACUGUUGGCCAAGAUUCCAACAAAGAUACUAUUUCUACUUUUGAAGAGAAUAAAGAAACUGGAAAGGAGGGAGAGGAAUCAAAUGAGAAGAAGGAAAAGAAUGACGAUGAGAAGAUGUUUGACAAUGAUGAUGGAAAAUUUGAAGAGAUGGUUCCUCCUGAGACUUUUGAAUGGCAGGGAUGA